AUGGAGAGCCGCUGGGAGCGUCGUGGACCUACCGCUCGCGAGAGUUUCGGCGACCGCGACGGACGCGAGAGCGGUGGCCUUCGUCGCGACUUCGGUGGUGACCGUGACAGUGGUUCUCGUCGUGGAUUUGGUGGUGAUCGGGAUGAGCGUGAAAGCGGCGUGCGUCGUGCUUUUGGCGGUGAUCGCGAGGACCGUGAGGGCGGUCUGCGCCGUGGCUUCGGUGGCGACCGCGAGGAGAGUGGUUCUCGCUGGGGCAGCCGCGAGUCGUUCCGCCGUAGUGGUGACCGUGAUGGCGACCGUGAAUCUUUUCGUCGCGGCGGGGACCGUGAUGGCGACCGUGAAUCUUUCCGUCGUGGUGGUGACCGCGAUGGCGAGCGCGACUCGUUCCGUCGUGGAGCCGACCGUGAUGGAGAUGACCGUUUCUUUGGUCGCUCACAGCGUGAAGGUUCUUAUCGCGCGCCUCGCGCUGGUGAACGCGAUAAUUCGUCUUGCGCUGGUGACCGCGAUAGUUCGUCUCGCGCUCCCGAGUCUGGCCGCUGGAGAUAGACGUUCGAAGCUAAUUGUUUUGUAGCUAAACGAUCCGAGGUUAUCAGCAGGAGUUAAAAUGGCGUCUUAGCGUUCUUA